CGUGAGGCUUAGUCCAUGUCUGUGUGUUUCCUGCAGGGCCUGGACUCUCAGCGGCUGAAGACAGAUGUAGAUCUGGGCUGUAACUUCUUUGUCAAGGCUGAAGUGGAGGACUCGUCCAGGAUCUUGGUGGCAGUUGGUUAUGGUUUCUUUGUUGAGAUGACUCAUAACGAAGCCCUGAGGUUCAUCGAGAAGAAGACCACUCAGCUCACAUCCUUCACAGAGGUACUCACCAAAGACUCCGCCAAAAUAAAAGCCAACAUCCGCAUGGUGCUGCAG